CUCGGUUUUGGUCAAGAGGCGGAAUCGCUUCUACCGCCUGAAACAUGUCGGCUUUGAAUGCAACUAUCGGGGAAACAAUUGCGCAGUCAAAUCAGUCCAUACAGAUUUGUCCUCCUCCAAGGCAUGAAUUAGUGGUGAAGAUCCUAAAGUACUUUAUCUUUGGCGCAAUUUUUGCCGUGAGCCUGAGUGGGAAUUGCUUUGUGUGCUGGGUAGUUUGGAAAAGACUUCGCAUGCGAACAGUGAUGAAUUAUUAUUUGGUCAAUUUAGCAGCAGCCGAUCUGGCGUUCACGCUAAUAUGUAUACCAUUUGAUCUUCCCGUUCAAGAGAAGUCUUGCAUCUGGCCAUACUUCGGCGCAUUAUGUAAGGUACUCUUUCCAUUACAAACAUUGUGCGCUAGCGCGUCCGUUUUCACGUUGACGGCGAUCGGUUACAGUCGGUAUCGCGCUAUAGUUCAUCCUUUGAAGACUCAAAUCGGUCUCGCUGACGCAAAAAAGUCCAUAUAUCUCAUAUGGCUCGCUUCACUGGUCUUGGUAUUUCCCUACGUGUUGGUCCUCAGAGUAAACCCUUUAACUGGUUAUUGCGAAGAGGGUUGGCCGGAACCAAAGCAAACAUACAGUCGUAUCUACUCGUUUACAAUAUUCUUUGCGGACUACGCAAUACCACUGCCUGUUGUCUUUGUUUCAUACCUCAAAAUUUGUCGCGAACUACGGUUAAACGGAGAUCGAGUACCAGUCGCACAGCCAGAUCAGAUAAAAGACUCAGAAAAAGUGCUGAAAAUGUCGAUUGUUAUAACUAUAGUAUUUGCCGUAUGCGCGUUACCAAACCAUAUUGCCUGGUUAGUACUCGAUUUCUUCAGCGAUAACAAAUGUGCACAGUGCAAUACGUGGGUUAUCUUGGCUAACAUGUUUGUGUUUGCUAACAGUGCUGCAGAUCCCAUCGUUUACACAGUUUUUAACAGAAGAUAUAGAGACGAGUUCAAAAGUCUUUUGAAUUGCCAAGAGCUGGAAAUGGGAGGGCACAAUGAAAAUGCGGUCGACCUAGACGACAGAGUUGUAUGAAUAGCAAUGAAAAGGAAACCAUAAACUAUUCGUAGCUAUGAAAACACACCUCCUGGAACAACUUUUAUUGAAACAAAAAGAAAAACUGUCACAGAAUAUACUAAUUUUUUCAUGCGCGUAAAAAUGGGUCCUUGGAAACAGAAGUUAAUUUCUAAGAGGCUCUUGCUAACGGGUUUACAGCUUUAAGAGCGCCUUCUUUUGAUCUGUAUUCAUGAGCUUGACUAUCCUACAGCUUGAGAUGAUCUCUCAAAUGUAAAUGAUUUAGAACGAGAAAAAAAUCAUCUUCAAAGCACUAAAACGGCGUUUAAAGUGCAGAAAGAAUCAAGACGAAACAGUCACCCACAAAGAUUUUUCAAUAUUCAAUU